AUGUCAUCAAAAUUUAAGUUGACUCAAGAUCUUUUUGAGUCAGCCAGAAAUCAGUUACUUGAGCAAGAAACACAAAUCAUUUUAGCUAAAAAUGUUUCUCUUGAAGACUUUCUUAAAGUCUAUCUUGAUUAUACUAAAAACGAGCAAAAUCGUCCUGUAAAAAUCCGUUUAGUCAAUAAGAAAGUCAUAGCUUAUGAGGUAGCUUUAACACCUCAUGGGGUGGUUGCAAACUAUAUCACAUCACUUGCCUGGAUCAAUCAAUUAGCUGGUGCAAGUGAAAAGGAUCUUAUUAUUGGUCCAAAUAGUUAUUUCACUGCCACUGCUACCAUUCGACCAAGGCGUGUCCCUCGGCCUUCACUUACUCAAGCAUGCAACUCAUCAGGAUUUGCUUAUCCGACCAUGGUUGUAGAACGUACUACAAUUAUGAUUGUGCUCAUUAUUAAAAUAUAUCCUUCUCGCCAGAAUAAUGCAAGAGCAUUUAUUCAGAAUACUGUAGGAGCUAAUGUAACUGGUUUUGUAACCGGAGCACCCCUUGCAAUGGACUGA